AUGUGCAGCUGUGUCAGUGAGGGCGUGUACCACUGUGUCAGUGAGGGAGUGUACCACUGUGUCAGUGAGGGCGUGUACCGCUGCGUCAGUGAGGGCGUGUACCACUGUGUCAGUGAGGGCGUGUACCGCUGUGUCAGUGAGGGCGUGUACCACUGUGUCAGUGAGGGCGUGUACCGCUGUGUCAGUGAGGGCGUGUACCGCUGCGUCAGUGAGGGCGUGUACUGCUGCGUCAGUGAGGGCGUGUACCGCUGUGUCAGUGAGGGCAUGUGCAGCUGUGUCAGUGAGGGCGUGUACCGCUGUGUCAGUGAGGGCGUGUACCGCUGCGUCAGUGAGGGCGUGUACCGCUGUGUCAGUGAGGGCGUGUACCGCUGCGUCAGUGAGGGCGUGUACCGCUGCGUCAGUGAGGGCGUGUACCGCUGUGUCAGUGAGGGAGUGUACCACUGUGUCAGUGAGGGCGUGUGA